GCAAACAUUCCGGGCAGUGUUUGUGGUAAGGCUUCUUGGCCUCAAUCUUGUCUCCUGGGUCGGUCUCUUCUGGUAGAGUGGCAAGUACUGUGAUCUCGGUGCUACUAGUGAUCUCGGUGCUACUAGUACAGGAUUGAUCAAACUCCGGUUAGGUACUCGAAAUAAAUGUUCUUUUUCAACCCUUAAAGUAAAGGACCUAAUUGAUUGAAUUACCCCAGCGCGUUAGGCGGAUUAGCGAAAGGUGUCAGUGUUCGAGUGCUUCCUGUCUAAAUUAAUCUGUUUUGUUUUGAUGAAGAUACAAAUUAUUUCGCGGAAUACAAUUAAGAAUAACGAACAAUUUCAAAUUAAGAUAAUUAGAACUAAUUUCAUAGAACCCUUCCACGUCUUUUUUAGAAUCAGUCUGAUGGUGAUCUCGUUACACCUAAUGUAAUUUCUGGGUCAAAGUUGGGUAUGCAACGGUCAGAGCUGAACACAAAGAUGCUUUAGCUUUUAGCUUGGAAGAAUAUAAAGCAACUUAAAAAACACUCUUUUUCUUUUAAAAUCAAAAGGAAAAAAAAGGUCCGUCUGGAAUACCCUAAAAAUGACAAAGGUUUGGGAAAGAAAGGUAGCUUAGCUAACCCCAGUCUUCUCUCAUUUUAGCGAGAAGCGGGAAAGUCCACAAUGCACCACGAUUCUCCAUGGUCCUGUUCACCGCGUAAAACAAACACAAUUCUGUUGUCAAACUGAUUUCUAAUCGCCAAUCCUUGGAUUACAGCUUUGCCAUAACCGUGUGUUCAACAUCAGAUCAAUGGUAGGUUAUUUCAAUUCUUCAGCUUCAUCAACCCUCGCCCCCCUGUGAUUUUCUUUCGAGGACAAAAUUUGCAAACAAACGCUUGUUUGAUGUGAUAUUGCACGAGUCUUGUGUGAUCGUUUACGAUCGUUAGGGAGUGUAAACACCGGGAAUUACAAAAUUUGAACCAGAAAAGACUUUGUAUAAACUUCAUGUUAAGACACUGAUCCGUUGCAAAGCCUUGCGCGUCGUUAUAGUUUUACAUCGUCUGGAGACUCCAUAACUUAACUUUCACAUCGUGAAAUGCUCCGUUUGAAAUGGAAUUCUUGUGUUGCUGCCUAGAAUAAGACGCGACGGUUAAACUUCUGUCUUGAAUUUGUGUUUACUUUUAUGCUUUUCGUCUUAUGAAACUGGAAAGCUAUUACCAGUCUUUUUCUCAAGGGAAUGAUCAAUGGCGAUUUUCCUGUCGUAAGUUGCAAGCUUGCCAGAUUGUGUUCAUGUACUGUGGUUUACCCCAUUAAGUUAAAUUUCUGGAUCGUGUUGCAUCGAACAUUUUCAAUUCUUGUUUUAGCCUCAUGUAAGUUUACUUGAGAACCUUCAACAGUCCUAUGUUGCAAUUUUUAUUCCGUUUAGUACUAAAAUUCCACUAUCUGAGUAUUUUUUUUUCGCAACGGGCAGUCUUACAUCCAGGGGCUGGCUGCUUUAUUGUACAUUGUUCAUGAUCUUGUUUUAAAACGUGAUCAUUCAUCCUCAGAUCACUUACGUUAAGUUUUUUCCAGUUAGGAGUUGGGUUAUACAUCCUGGAUAUGUUUAAGUUUACAGUGAUAAUAUAUAAGUAGAACCUCUCUUUGGUGCAAAAAUUAUGUAUGGUUAUUUGUCCAUGAACAUUAUCUGUGUCAAGAUAUAAACAGUUUACCAAGAGCAAAGCUUGAAGAAAGCUAUGAGCUUUGAGGAACAAAUAAUGUCCAAGGACAAAUGUUUGUACAUAUUUUCAGGCAAAACAGAGGCUAUUGUGUUUAUUAUCCUUCAAAUGUUUUGAAGGUAUGUUUAUGAACAGCUUACUGUAUGCAGUGUUUGAUGUUUUCUUUUGUGUGUUUUCUGGUAUGACUCAAUAAACAGAAAAAAGAUUUCCCUUCUUCUGUAACAACCAUAAAACCCUCAAAGAGCUAUCCUAGUGGACAUGCAUGUAAGGUUUGAAAAUUGGAGAAUAUCACUAGGGUGAUUUGCUCAGAUAUCACCCAGUGUUAGCUGGGGGAUAUUUGUUCACAUGCUGUGUUUAGACCAAUCGCACAGGAGCAAAAAUAUUUGAUGGAUCAUAAAAAGUUGUAUACAGUUAUGAGAAAACAGCAGUCAGACAUCAGGCACAUGCAAAGGAAUCAAUUUUGGCUCCCUGCAUGCCAACCUCAAGUGCUACAUUUAAAAAAAAAUACAUGACAAAUGACUGCUGUUUAGGGAAAUAUGUGAAAAAUGAUUGAAAUAUUCAUAGAAAUCUUGAUAAAGAAAACUGAGCACUUUCCAAACACAAAGCUUAUUCAAGUACAGGUAUCCUGUUGAUUACCAUUCUGUUUUGAGCUUAACCAAAAAAGUUACAUUUUACUAAAACAAUGUCAACUAAUGGCUUGAGUGGUUGGUUGUUUGUUACUUGUGAAAGAGAACUUGAUCCUGACAGCCUAAAAGCAUGCUAUCACCAGGUAGUCAUAGCUAUGUUCACUCUUGCUCAGAACAUUUGAUUGCUCUGUUGGUGAUGAGAACUUUCCAUAUACAGGGUGUAUGUGUAUGUACCUGGAUGAAUAGGCUUAAUAACUUUCUUUUUCAUUCUACAGGCAGCAUCAUACAGAAAAGGGGCUCUCUCGACAGGGCAGAGGAAGAAAACAGGUUGGUUUGAACCUUAUAAGAAAUUUUAUGUAUUACUAAAUGAAUUUUGCCUGUAGCCAACAGACAACAAAGCCACCCAAUUACGAAAAAAAAAGAUUGUGAGGGGUAUUUAUAUUCAGGGCGUGAAAUUAAUUUUUUUACUAGUAGCCACUUGGCUCCUAAAUUUUUCAAAGUGGUAGCCAAUUAAAAAAAAGUUAGUCACCAUUUUUAAAGACAAAUAAAACCCUUUUUUCACGCUGUUAGCAUUCUAGAUAGACCCUCCAAAAUUAAGUUAGGAAAAAGAUCUUUAACUUGCUACAAAUUGGACACUAGGAUGUUCAAUUUAAUUCACUUUAUCUCUAAGUAAGGUUAUGAUGAAGCAUUCUAGACUAAUUUUCAGGAUUUGGUCGCCAAAGUGAAAAAUUUAGUCGCAUUGGCGCCUAUAUUGGGCACAACUUCACGCCCUGAUACUUAUAACUUACCCAUUGAUUUUUGCAUGACUAUUGGCUAUUUUACAUCAUGAGGGGCAAAAUUACUGGGCAGUUAUCACAUGAUAACCCCUGUCGUUGCUGAUAUAUGUCCUCUGAUAAUUUCUGUGGAUAAGAAACAAAGCCAGCCAAACCAUCCUUCACCUUUAUACUUGUUGGUUUCUAUCAGAAAUAUCACUUGCUCCUAGCUCUUAAUCGUUCAAUUUUUUCCUGUGUAAAUACCAUAUGGACAGACUUUCCAUGAAGUAUUUGGUAUACACUUAUUUUCCCUAAUAUCAACUGAAGAUAAUCUGGUUUUAUUAAUUGAGAUGACAUCAUGAAUUGGCCACCAUAAAGAGUUUCUAAAGCUGAUUUUUCAAGCAUUAGCCCUUCGUCAGUUGAUUGAUUGCUAAAUAAAUGUGCCUGUUUAAUUCAGGUCCAAAGCCAGAAUUAACAGAAGAGCAGAAACAAGAGAUUAGAGAAGCAUUUGAUUUGUUUGACACUGAUGGAUCUGGGACGAUUGAUGCAAAAGAGCUGAAGGUAAACGGUAUUUAGUGUUUCUACAGAAAAGUUCUGCUAGAACCUAUAGUAUGUUCUUGGGUCUUGUUCCAAUUUUUAACAUAUUACUUUAAAUUGCUUAAAACAGAACAAAACUAACCAAACUAGUUUAAAAGGAAGCAAUUGCUUUUAAACACUCAGAUACUGCAAGUGUUUGUUUUUUGAUUUGUAAUGUUGUUGUAGGUUGCCAUGAGAGCACUGGGUUUUGAACCAAAAAAAAGAAAAUCAAGAAAAUGAUAUCCGACAUUGACAAAGAUGGAUCAGGUAUGAUAACAAUUUAAAACAUUCUCAUUACUGACAUAAUAACUUACUGUUUAACUUACAGGUAUGUUGCAGGUGUGUAUUGUAAUGGUUCCUAAAGACUUAACAAUUAAUAUUAGCUUUAACAUACGGCGAUAGUUUCAAAAUGAGUUUCCUCAAUUUUCACAUGUGCUGGUGCCAUUUAUAUCCUUGAGUCUUAAGCUGAACAAGCUCUACCUGAAGCUAUACUAAAAUGAUCUUUUUCAUUCUCUUUCUUUAGGAACUAUUGAUUUUAAUGAGUUUCUCCAAAUGAUGACAGCAAAAAUGGUGAGCUUAACACACAUUACUUUUUGAAUGACAUUUAAAAAGAGUAAACCAUGGACAGUGAGUUUUUGUUUCCCUCUCUUUAUUUUGUGCUGCUGCAUAUUCUGUGAAAGAAGGAAGAUUUUUUUUUCAUAUAGACUGUACAUUGAUGAAUACUGACUUUGUCAACAUUAUCAAUGAUACUACAUACAAUUUUUUUUUCAUACCAGAUGCAAGUGCAGUAACUGUACAGUAUUGUAACCUUUACAAUACUGUAAAUUUUUUUCUUUGUUGCCGAUUUUUGUUAUUUCCUUUCAGAGUGAAAAAGAUUCUAAAGAAGAAAUUCUUAAAGCAUUCAAACUCUUUGAUGACGAUAACACGGUAAGCAUAAAACACUUACAUACUGUAUAAAUAUGUUGGAUAUGAAGUAUCCUUGGAGAUAUCAGGAGUUUGAAAGACUUCCAGUAGGGUUGGGGUCUCCUUCAAAAUAAAAAGGGGUACAUUGUCAGGCUAAGUUUUUUAGCUAUCCAGGUCUUAGAUGUUUUGUAUUUGGUAUAGCAUAUGCUGAAUUUGACCAAAUCUAAGAGAACUUACUUAGCAUUUUUUUUUUUUUUUUUUUUAACAGGGAAAAAUUUCAUUUAAAAACCUUAAAAGAGUUGCUAAAGAACUUGGUGAAAAUUUAACUGAUGAAGAAUUACAGGUAGGAUUCUACUGUUUAUGAGCAUUGUUGCACCUCCCAGGAGCAGUCCAUUGGAUAAAACAAAUCUGUAGGGUUAAAAAAUAUGUUUUUUUUGUACUUAUGUAUUAAGCAGGACAGCUCUGUUGGGCCAUGACUUCUCUGAAAAGUGUUGGGGAGGUAGAGUAGUCACUUGUGAAGCUAUAAAUGCAAGAGAAUGUAGGUGUUUACUUUGUGGAGCAGUGAACAGAUCUUUUCAAACAAUUUUAAAGCAUAUGAAGGCAAAUUGAAAAACUUUUCACCAAACUUUUUCAGUGAUUGGUAAGGCAAAGGUUGGGAGAAACCUAAAUAUUCCUUAUGCUUACCCACCUCUCCUUUUCCUUCAUGCUAGGAACAGCAGAACAAAAUUUUUAAGGGGUUUCAGUUUCUAAAGAGGUCCAGUCAACACCCCUUUAACUCCCCUGAGUAACCAAGACAGAAUUUCUCCUUACAAUAUCAAAUACAUUAUCAAGCAGAUAAGUGAUGGGAAUAAAGAAAAAUAUCAAUUAGGUGAUUAUUAGUUGAUUCAUCACCAAAUUCUCCACACAAACAUAUUGAGUAUUAUUUGGCAGACUGUAAAGAGAAUUACUAAUGAGAUCUUGGCAGUGAAAGGGUUCAUUUGUUUUUUCUGUUUUGCAGGAAAUGAUUGAUGAGGCUGACAGAGAUGGUGAUGGGGAAAUUAAUGAAGCUGAAUUCCUUCAGAUUAUGAAAAAAGACAAGCUUGUAUUAGACCUCAGUUCUGAUGGCAGCAGAUGUAAAAACAAUGUUUUAAAGUGUACAGAAUGUUGUCUUUCCAUUCAAAGAAGUUUAUCAUCAUCAUCAUCAUCAUCAUCAUAUGACGCCAGUGAUCUUAUACAUUAAUUAAUCAGCUAACCAUUGCUCAAAAAAUAAUGCAGAAUUUGUCAGUCUUAGUCACUUUAUUUAACAUUUACUAUUUUUGAUCAGCCCUUUGCAACAAAGUUUUCAUUGAUCACAAUUUUAAUUUAUUACAUUUAGAGGGAACUCUCAGUAGCUACUUAACACCAGUGAUAUGUACAGUUGUCCAAAAAAGAUGACCAACGGCAGUAACAGCAGUGACAUUUUAAUCCUUCUGGUCAAGUCAGAUCAUCUUGAGGGAAAAACUAAUUAAAAUAAACUUGUUGAAAAUCAAUUACAUCAGGAUUGAUCAAACUGGACCUUAGAAACUGUCUUUAACUCUUUAAAUCCCAAGAUCUGAUUGUUAAUUCUCCCCUCUAGCAGAUACACAUUUCCUGGUCAAAUAGUAACAAGAAUUUGGUGUUAGAUCAAGAUGACAACUUCUACCUGAUCAGUUUGAGUAUUCUCAUUACCUGUUUGAAGGAUAAUGUGUGGAUAUUAUAUGAGACGUUACAUGUUAAUCACCUCUGGGGGUUAAAGGGUUAAGUCUCGGAUACUUUGUUUCUAGAGUUUGGAAACUAGUCAAUAGCUUGCCUUGCUUCCUACAUCUCUGGCAAGAGCAAGGUUUUUUUUUUUUUUGGAUAUAGCUUUUUCCGUACCCCCCUAAAUCAGUCCAUUUGUAGUUAACGAGAUUAUAAGAUAUGCACGAUUUUUAUACCCUCUCUAAGAUGUAAAAAAUAUAUUUGGUUGAUUUGGUAUAUAAUCUCAAAAACAAUUGUGACCAGGAAUUUAAGUGUUUAAUGUAGAGCUGUCAAUUGUCUAUGUGGUCAAUGCAUUACUGUGAGGCACAAGGCAAAAGCGCGCUUAAAAAAAAAACUCCCAAACAUCGCAAUUCUUUAUUUUGUCUCAUGCCCUCGUAUUACACUUUGGGCUGUUUGUCACGCAAAACUCUUAAGAUUCGGCUUUCUGAAGCUCGCUGACUUUCGAAACCAGUGUCCAAUAAAUUGGUAUUGUUAAUCGGUGUGUAACGAUCGUUUGGUCUUGCACUUGUGCAUGAAAUGCCCUUUUCCCUUUAAAUGGAACCUUCAUCUCAAGCUGUCCCAGUAAAGUCAUAAAACAGCGCUGUACUAAUUUGCUGGUUGGCAACAGAAUGCGCUAGUCAAACGGUCCACGCCCCCCUCAGGAACCAUAAGUUCUGUUUACUUUACAAAUGAUGCGACCAGUGAUCACACAGCAGGGAUUAAGGUGCUGAUACACUGCUCUGAAUAAGUAGCAGAAGCUAUGGAUUGUAAAUUAUAUGCAUGCAAAAUUAGAAGAAAUUGGACUUUUAGAGCCGUAUUUGAAAGAAGUCCGAUACUUUAGAAAAUGAAAUUUAAACACUUAAUUAAGACACUUCCUUAAGUUUCACCAAACUCGUACUCAAUGAGAGACAUCUGCCACAGGGCACCUAAAUAUCACCUAAAUUUUGCUGUCAGUGCUGACAGCAAUGUUAAGCUUCUUGAAGAGAAGAGAUCAUGAACACAGGUUUUUCACGCAAAAAAUUAUAUACCUAUGAUGGGACAUACCACUAUGUUGCCCGGUUUCUGAUUAACCUCAGAAUUCAAUGCACAGGAGCACCAUUCCAUAUUGUUUGUUUUUUUUUAAUUAAUUGAAAGUUUGCUCAUCAUUCGAAAAUAGUUUGCAGUUAUUGUUUACAUAUAUUCGGAAGCAAUAAUAGCCUACGGGCAGUCCUUGGCUUUUCAAGCCCUUCGGCACGACCGUUGCUUAGGGUUAGGGUUAGCCCUAAGCUUAUUUUCGCGAAUGCACUAGAUCCCCGUCCGGCAAACCUCUCCCUGACCCGUCUCAAAUCUUCUCGAGGCCGAUAAACGCGCGUCCUGGAGCGCCAUUGACGAGGGACUGGGGAAAGGUUAAGGCACUGAGUAAAGCUAAAACCAUAAGGCAGAACAAGUGAUCGCUCAAGUGGAUGGAUCACGCAUUCUCUGUCCCACAUCUAACGGCUUUAGUGGUUCUCCUGCGUUAGGCUCCCGCAAAGAAAGGACGCCAUUGGUCCAGGUAGCGGAAGGAGUAAAACCUUUUCACUUCUAAGAGUGACCAUCGAGAAAUUUUUCCAUACAGCAUCAUUUCAUCUCCAAGCGGAUAGUUGAAUGGAAAAAAAUUCAUAAUAAUGAGGAUAUUUUCGGGGCUAAAGAGGUAACAAAUGUCUAACAGGAAGAGUUGGAAAUUGUGUGAAUUAGAGAAAUGAAAUGAAAGGAUAAAAAAUCAGAUGUUAGCUUUAAAAUAAGUAUAAAACAAGUAGAUUCACGCGGAAUUGAUAUCAGAUUUUUUUUUCAAAUUCCAGUAAAUAAGUUAUCCCACCAUUCACUGCGGCACCUUAGGGCUAAUUCAGAAUAUCUUUACACACGAGAACUUCCUGUUGUCUUCGCCAUUUUUUUCAACGUAAGUAAAGUUUUAUUUUUUUGUCGGUGUCGUUUCUGGUAAUUUAAAGUUAUCAAAUAAUGUUAUUCAGAGCAGUUAAGCUGCUGGUUGUCCUGUGGCCGUUUUCGCAAGACCUUAAUUAGCUACCCAUGAUUCCACCCUCGCCUGAAAACCGUAUAAAAGUCCACCUGCAGAAUCUGAACGUUUACCAGUUAAAUCUCUGUCCGCUGGAUUGUUCAUGGCACUUGGAGCAAGCUUCAACGUGAUAGGUAAACUUUUCUAUGAUUAAAUUUGUGUUGUUUUUUUGGUUUAGCUCCCUCACUUAGACAUGAUGCGAUCGAUGAAAAUCAAUGGAAUUCGAAGCAUCAAAGUCGAUUAAUAUUUACGUUUAAGGUGUUUUUCCUCAUCGAUGACUCGAGAGUGCCUAAAGCAACCUAUAUAGGUACGAAAAGAGUGAUCUGAUAUAGAUGUUUAAUUUUUAUAGAUCUAAAUUUUUGAUUUAUAAACAGUUUUUACUUCGAUCGAUCGAAUGUCACAACAAGCGAAAGAAAGAAUUCCAUGUAGUCUCUAUAAAUUUGCAGCGUCUGUAAUUAGUCUACAGCCUCACCUUAACUUCAUUUAUUUUGCAAACUUUAUCGACAGCUCACUCGUGCCUUCAUUGUUGUAAUUCUCCAGAUUUCUUUUCAAAGUUCAUUAUGUAUAGCGUACAUGCACGAUUAAUCAAUCUGGUCGAAACGAAGCUUAAGGACUUCGUGAUGAGACGAAGCUUAUGAUUUUUCUACUAUGCAAACGAAGGGUUGAAUCUAAAUCGACAUUUUAAAUUAAAGUUUUAGGGUGGCAUCAGGUAUUGUAGCGUUCUGUUUUGUUGUUGCCUGUCUCAGUUUGGGUCAGGCAAACAGGACUGCUGUCAUGUGUAUGUGUGUGUGUGUGUGUGUGUGUGUGUGUACAAUUUCAGUGAUAGGUUGGGGAGGGGAGCUAUUUCGAAAGGGGUGGAGGGGUGGGUUGCAGUUGGGAAAGCAAAUAAUUCAUCAAGCAGAAAUACAAAAAAAAUUUAAUCAAACCACUGGUGUCCCAAGUUUACUGUGUGUGAUGUUGGGGUUAAGAUUGAAAUUUAAGCAUGAGCUUGUGUCGUAAAAAAAAGAGAAAAAUAGAAAAAAAUUGAAGUACACUACAAGCAAGAAAACUGACAUGUUAAGAUCUGUUUAGCCUUCUUACUUUUAUUCCGUAGCCACCUUGUCACUUCUGGACUUGUUGACUUUCCUUGUACCACAUAUUGUGCACUAUUUAAAAUUAGGAAGACUGGUCCCAAGCACCAACCCUUGCCACCCAAAGGCUGAUAAAUUCCACAAAAUUCAACCGAUCUCUCUCAAAUUAGCACCAGUGAGAGCAAAUUGCAAAUACCUACUCAAAAAGGUUUCCAAAUUCUGCUGCAUCGGCUCAAGAGACUCUGUUUUUAGGAUCAUAAUGCGAAAGUACAUCUGAACAAAUACAUGACUCUCUAGGGGAUCAAUAGGACAGUUGUUGCUUUUGCCCUAUUGCAAAACAACACCAUUUGGGAAGUCAGUGCAUGUAAUUCAAUGGCAUAUGAUUUUUCUUUGUUUCUUGGUCACUUAUGAGAGUUAAAGGGUGAAAGCAUUAACCUUUACCUUACUUUUGAUUACAGUUCUUGUAUUAGCCUCAUCAUGGAUUUCUGAACCUGUUUAUGGACAGAGUAAGUUGGCAAUAUUUUUUUGCUAUAAUUGUAUUACUAUUAACUUACAAUAAAACUUGAAAUUAUGUUUGUAAGAUGAUGAUAAGAAGGGACUAGCUGUAACCUCUUAAAGA